GGCAUUGUCUCAUUGGUCCAGAACACAUCCCUGGCAGAUGGAAGCCCCAUGCCCAACUCUCCCAGCUCCAUGGUCAACCAGUACAGACUGGAGGAGGAUGAGGAGGAGGAGCAGCAGCAGGAUGCCGACACCAAAGACAUCUUCAUCACCGUCGACAACCCAGAGAGCCACGUCACUGCCAUCGAGACCUUCAUAAUGUACAGGGUCCUCACUAAGACCACGCGGAGUGAGUUCGACUCCAGCGAGUACGAGGUACGCCGGCGCUACCAGGAUUUCCUGUGGCUCCGAAGCAGACUAGAGGAAAACCACCCGACGCUCAUUGUCCAUCCGCUGCCGGAGAAGUUUGUGAUGAAAGGCAUGGUGGAACGCUUCAAUGAUGACUUCAUUGAGACCAGGAGGAAAGCUCUGCACCGCUUCCUCAACAAGAUCUCAGAGCAUCCCAUCCUGUCCUACAGCCAGCACUUCAAAGUUUUCCUCACUGCACAGGAGCUGACCUCUCACAAGAAACAAGGUCCGGGCUUCCUGAGCAGGAUGGGAGAGACGGUGAGGGCGGUGGCCAACUCUGUACGAGGCCUGAGAAACCGACCGGAGGAGUUCACUCUGAUGCAGGAGUAUGUGGAGGACUUCAGCAACAAGAUCUGCUCUGUGGACAAAGUCACCCAAAGGAUCAUCAAGGAGCAGAGAGAGUAUCUGGAUGAGCUGAAACAGUAUGGUCCCACGUACACCCAGUCGGGGUCAGAGGAAGAUCUGGCGGAACCGCUGAAGGGCGUGGCUCGCUGCGUGGAGGGGUGCAGUAAGGAAACAGAAGAGCAGAUCCAGCAUCUGUCCGAGGUCCUGGUCCCCGCCCUGCACGAGUACGUCCUCUGUGCUGAGACACUGAAGGCUGUGAUGAGACGUAGAGACAACAUCCAGGCCGAGUUUGAAGCCAAGAACGAGGCCCUGGCAUCCAGAAAACCAGAAAACCAAGAAGCACUGCAGGAGGAGGUGGAUGGUCUGGCAGACCGGGUGGAGCUGGCUAACAACGCCUUGAAGGGAGACUGGUCCCGUUGGCAAAAGGGCAUGAGAACUGACCUCAAAUCAGCCUUUAUUUCCACCGCUGAGAAGAACGUGGAUUACUACGAGAAGGUGAGCUCAAGAUUCAGACCAAUCACCAAAAAAGUUCCAUCAGGGCAGUUUUAUUGCUUUAGCAUAAAUAAGUUCUAAGGAUGACCUAUAUUU